AUGAAUACUGGAAUCAAAAUCCCAUUUCAAGAUCUUCCAGAGACCUUGGAACUUAAGUCCUGCCAUCUCAAUGUGCAGGGCUGGAGGAUCACUGAAUGCAAGCCUGAGUAUGCUCAUUGCAACUUCAGGGCUUGGUUGGGGGUCUUCCCUGAAAUUCAUGAUCUGACCCUUCUCUGUAAUGCUGCCCCUCUACCUAGGUGGUUGUGGAAGAACUACCAGUAUGUGCUGACCUUUCACUUUACCAUCCAGGAAAUUAAUAAAGACAGCCACCUACUUCCCAAUUUGUCUUUGGGCUUCCAGUUCUACAAUGCUUUUUCCAGUGAUCUUCAUCUGUGGAGCACUCUGAGUUGGCUUUCUGGAGACAAUAUACUUCUCCCUAAUUACACUUGCCAGACACAAGAAAAAUCAGUUGCAAUUAUUGCUGGAAGUACAGCAGCAUUUUCUGCUGAAAUUGGAAUGCUGUUGGAGCUCUACAAAAUCCCACAGCUAACAUAUGGCCCAUUUGAUCCCAUGCUAAAUGACAAAGACCAGUUUCCAUCUCUCUAUCAGAUGGCUAUCAAUAAUAGUUCUCUAGUUUAUGGAAUGAUCCCUUUGUUGCUGCAUUUUGGCUGGACGUGGGUGGCACUCUUUGUAUCUGAAGAUACAAAAGGAGAGUGGUUUCUUCAAGAUCUCAAAGCAGAGAUGGUAAAAAAAAAGGUCUGUGUGGCUUUUGAAGUGAAACUCCCUGCUACUAAGAGAAUGUUUGCAUCAACUGAUAUCAGUUUCUUGACUAGGCUCAGAAGUUCAUCUGCAAAUGUCCAUAUACUAUAUGGAGAAGUAAGGAGCCUCAUCAAUGUGGGCAUUGCAGGACCGGGAGAAAUUCCUGGCUUCAAACAUUUCCUAAAGACAGUGAGCCCUUCCCAAUACCCAGAAGACUUCUACCUGAGUAAACUGUGGCUCCACAUUUUUGACUGUUUACCUGCUGGGUCACUUUGUGGAAAAAUUGGAGUGUGCCCACCAAAUGCUUCCAUUGAAUUUUUCCCUGGAGACAUUGACAUGAUGACCAUAUCUGACUCCAGUUAUUUGGUCUACAAUGCUGUGUAUGCAGUUGCCCAUGUCCUCCAUAAUAUGCUUUUGGAGAAAGCAGAAACAGGAUCCCCAGGAGAUACAGCCCAGCCUAUGCUUCUUCCCUGGCAGCUUCAUCCAUUUUUAAAGAAAAUAAAAUUUACUAACAGUGCUGGGGAUGACAUAUCCUUUCAUGAAUCAAGAGACUAUAUGGCACAGUAUGAUGUCCAGAACAUUGGAAAUUUUCCUGGUGGUCUUCAAUUGUUGGUUAAAAUUGGAGAGUUUUCCUCCAGUCCACAUGAACAAGUCUUGGUCAUCAGUGAAGAGAUGAUAGAAUGGCCUCUUGCAUUCAAAGAGAUUCCCAAAUCUGUGUGUAGCCAGAGCUGUGUUCCUGGAUUUAGAAAAGUGCCACAGGAAGGAAAACCUCUCUGCUGUUAUACAUGUGUUCUUUGUCCAGAGAGAGAUAUUUCUAAUCAUACAGAUGCAGAGCAGUGUAUUCAGUGUUCAGAAGACGAGUACCCAAACAGUGAGAGAAAUCGCUGCCUCUCCAAGUUGGUGACCUUCUUAGAUUUUGAGGAAUCCCUUGGGAUGGCUCUGACCUGCAUGGCCCUAUGCUUCCCUGUCAUCACAGCUGCAGUUUUGGGUGCCUUCAUGAAGCAUCGAGACACUCUCAUAGUCAAGGCCAAUAACCAGUCUCUCAGCUAGAUCUUGCUCAUCUCCCUCCUCCUGUGCUUCCUCUGUUCCUUACAUAUUGACCGUCCCAACACAGCCACUUGCAUCCUCCAGCAAAUAACAUUUGGUCUUGUGUUCACAGUGGCUGUUUCUACCGUGCUGGCCGCAACAAUUAUUGUGAUUCUGGCCUUCAAGGUUCUGAAGCCUGGAAGAACAAUGAGGCAGUUGCUGAUAUCAAGAGCUUCUAACUCUGUCAUUCCUAUCUGCUCCAUGAUCCAGCUGAUUUUUUGUGGUAUUUGGUUGGGAACCACUCCUCCUUUUAUUGACAGAGAUGCACACUCUGAGCAUGGCCACAUCAUCAUUAUGUGCAACAAGGACUUGGUCACUGUCUUCUGCUGUGUCCUAGGAUACCUGGGCACCUUGGCCAUGGGGAGCUUCAUCGUGGCUUUCCUAUCCAGGAAUCUUCCUGACACAUUCAAUGAAGCCAAGUUCCUGACAUUCAGCAUGCUGGUAUUCUGCAGUGUCUGGGUCACCUUCCUCCCUGUCAACUACAGCACCAAGGGGAAGGUCAUGGUGGCUGUGGAGGUCUUCUCUAUCUUGGCCUCCAGUGUGGGGCUCCUGGGCUGCAUAUUUGUCCCCAAGUGCUACAUUAUUCGCAAGGAGCAAAGCAGACUGUCUCAGAUCCUUCUCUUGGAAUCAAUGAUGGCAUCUGUAUUCCAGGGCACAGGGCAAUUUGGAAAUAAUUCUGGCUACCCACCAUCCUGCUCUCAAUCCAAAGAUCAGAGUAUCAAGGGGAUCCUUAUUAGAAAAGUCAGGGGAAUCAGGGCACCUGGGCAGAAAGAGGGGCAGGAGGACCCGCAGACCACAGCUCCUCCCCUCAGUGCAGUCCACGGUCUCCCUGAGGGCCGUCCCGCCCUAACUGCACAAACAGGGCAGACCUGGGGCUGCGGUCCCUGGGCUGAGCCCACACGGGCAGAAGCCCGGGUCCUGGCCACCAGCGCAGCUCCCACCCGGUGGGCCCCACACUCACCAUUUCGUCACUUCCAAGGCAUUCUGGGGUCCUUGGGCGGCUCCUGCGGUGAAGAAGUUCACACAGCGCAGCCACUGAGGCACCCGAGCCCACUCAGCAGCAGCACCGGGGACCCCUCCCAGCGCUGCCACAAAGAAAGGUCCCGCGGGGUUCCGCAGGGUCGCCCUGACGUGCCUGAUUGGACAGUUGCCGCAGCCGGCCGCGCGACAUCACAGAAGGUGCAGCCAAUCAGAAUCCGCUAG